AUGCACGAAAAUCAUGAAAAUUCAAAUGAAGCCAUAAGAAAACCAAAUAUAAAAGGAUUCUUAAACCGCCAUGCAGUAGUAAUUACCAUGGUUGCAAUGAAUGUCCUGGUGCUUCUGGCAACUGAACAAUUAAAUAUCAUAAGAUACAAGCACAUGGAAAAACUAAAUGAUUUUUUGAACGUAACAAGCGAAGUAUUCGAAAAUGACCCGGAAGUAGUCGAUUUUGAUACGAUAAUUGAUCACCUAGAUAUAGGCCAUAAGAUGAAAAAUAUUGGAAUGGCUAUAGGAGCAUGCUUUUCCUUAAUUGUCACACUGUCCUUAAAGAACAAAAAAAAAUUAAUGAAUUUUUUUACAACUGCCAUUCAAAUGCUCCCUGGGGCAAUGAGUGGAUUUGUGCUCAUGUGCGUUCUUCUUAAUUAUUUUGAUGUCAGCCCAAUGGCAUAUCACUUUUGGGCAAUGAAUUUAAUAAUUGGAAUGUGUUCUGGCCUUAUAAACUUCUUGUUUUUGGUCUUAAUUAACGAAAGAUUCAGUGCAGAACCUAACAGAACCCGGAAAUUAAUCAAUUGCAGUGCAUUACUCUUGGUGUCCACUACAAUUUGCAAGUUAUUUUUGUAUUUUAUUUUUAAUAAUGCAUCAAAUAACGGUCUUGCAAUUGUUUCAUUUGGAUUAUUUUUAUUAUGCACUGUAAUUACGUACUUCUUAUAUAUACCUGCAGGCAAGCAAUUACUACGGAAAUAUUUCACAGAACCAGGAAAUCCUCCAAAUAACAGAAAUCCAUUGAUUACCCCAAGUAUAAGCGUAUAUAACCCAGAUACAACCUUAGUCCCAGGCAAAUCUACAUCUAUCUUUGAUAAUCCAGUAAAACUAAAAUGGAAGAAUCCUGAACAUAUUUUGUUAAUUAUUUGGUGUAUCUCAGCGAUUAUCUUAAGGAAUGGUUAUUUUACAACGGAUAUAAUCUCAUUUAUUGAGCACAUUGCAUUAAUGCAUCCUUAUAUGUUUUUAUUAUUUCCAUUGAUUUCUGCUGGAAUUUAUUUCUUCAUAUCUAGAUUUAAUUCAGGAUAUAUUGGUGUACAGGUUUAUUUUUUAUACAUUAUACAUUUAUUUUGUUUAUUAGGCGUAUUUUUAUUAGGUUAUAUUAACACGAGUUAUAUACGAGAUAUAAUUGUGGCUGUAGACUUUAUUACAUUUCACUUAAGUAUUUCAUUAAUUUUGCCAGUUAUUCCGUUACUUUUAGGGCACACAGUCUCAUCACCAUUUACAAUUGGGAUAUUUCUGAUGGUUUUGCAUGGAAUGGAUGCAUUCAUGGAGUCAUUCACAUAUUAUAUAAUGGAAAGCAAAUUAAUUCGGGUUAUUGUUUUGAUAUUUUCUCUUUUCUCAUGUGUUCUUGUAAUUCCUGUGAUAAAGACAGUUAUAGAACAAGAAAAAACAGAAAAUGACUCAGGAUUCUUAAAUUCCUUCUGGAGGGAGCCAUCCAUUGGAGGGUCAGUCCUGGAAUUAUCCGAGUUAUCAGUUACACCAAGGGAGUUAUCCGUUACAUCAAGGGAGACACAAGAAUCUGAGCUAUUCGGGUUAUAA